UUCAACAACUACAAUCUGAUAACACAAAGAAAUCGAUUGAGAGCGGUCAAAGUUUAUCUGAAGCGAACUCUGCGACCGAGAUGCAAAUAGAAGCGACACCAUCUGUUCCCUUGGCACCUGAAAUUCAUCCAGAGUUACCCCAAGUUGUAAAGCCGCCAACUCCAAAAAUUUCAGAACCAACACCUAAAGUUGUAAAGGAGACGCCUGUUUCACAACAAUCAGAGUCUGGAAAUUUAGAGAAUGUUGCACAACCGGAAAAUUCAUCUAACGUAACAGCUGGUAAUGUAAGAGAUAAAGAAAUACCCAAAUCACCAGUUAAUCCUCCCGCUUCUGAUCAGUCAGAUGCUACUCAAUCAGUGAAUGUAAGUGAUGGAACGAGGAAUCGUGGGCUAUUAACACAGCCAACGUCACCUCGCACAACACCAUAUCAAUCUACAUCUGCGACAACAGCUGAAGAACAAAAAUUAGCUCAAACUAAUCAACCACAAGUUACUUCUGGAACUACUGAAGCGGUUAAAAGAGAAGAAUCCGCAGUAACAGAAGUAAAACAAACAGUCGUUCCAGAGGUGUCUGCAGUACGAAAACGUGCCAGAGAAGAAGAAAAUACCGAGGAACAGGGGAAAACAACUCAGGAAUCGACCGCCAAACCAUCCGAUAAUGAUCCUGCAGAAAUGCAGGUGGAUAGUGUAAAAGUGGAAUCAAUAGGGCAGUCCUCAUCCGGUUCUACCGAAGUAGUCGAGGAAGGUACGACACCUCAAGGAGCGUCAGGAUCUAACAACCCUCCAAUGAAAAAAGCCAAAAUUGAAGAAGAUGUAUGA